UUUUUGUAAUGUUUUUCUGACUGUCGAAGUCUUUCUUUAAAUAAAUUUAAAUAAUUUUUAAAUUCGAAGUAAUUAAAAACAAUGUGAUUAAAUUGAAGUGGGAUACAGAAAGCUCGAUUUUUUCGAAGAGAUCAAAUACCUCAUGGGUUUUCUUAGGAGAUUCAUGGAUGAAUCGACUAUUUGAAUCUAUAAUAAAAACAAAGAGAUCUUGUAAAAGCGUCAAGCGGGCCCCUGGCCGAUGUAAUCUUGUACCAUAUUUGGGUCAGACAAAACGCAAGAAAUGGACAAAACCAUCUAAAAUAGAAGGACCUCAUAUGUAUGGAUUGAAUCACUCAUUUUUUACGGAUUGUUACGGAUGCAACAGUGAACUUUUUGACUGUGGUAAACAAUAUUUUGAAUAUAUUUCAGUUGAAUUUGCACGAGAUGUCGAAAUACAGACACCGACGAGCUAUACUACCCAAGGAGCCAUAUCUCAAUACCUACAAUUAAAUGUAUAUGCUGUAUGCGUUGUAAAUUCCGGGAUUCAUGACAUGGCACUUCCUCACCUCACCGACCAACAAUAUGUUAAACAUGUGCACUUCUACGUGCAACAAUUGGUUAAUUCUUGUCAGAACGUAACUUGGAUGUCAAUUACAGCAGUAAGAGGAGACAAAGGUUUUCCUCAAAAUAAUCGAAGAAUUCAUCUGUGGAAUAUGUUAAUUAAAGACAUGUUACGUAAGAACUUUCCAAAAAUACCAGAAUACAGCAGAUCUACCACAUAUGACGACGGAUAUAGCUGAUUGUGGUAACCAUAAUUGUGUCCUUUUUAACUCCUGCCGAAUUACCCUAAUCACUGAAUUAAACAUGAGCAACACUAAGGAUACCACCUGUGGAGCAGGACCCGUUUACCAUUCAAGAGCACCGGUAUUCGACAUAGGAUAGUGUUUUUUUUCUGAUUCCGUUUACUUCAAGAAAAAAAAUCCCGAAAUUGUAAGUAAAUUCAUAUAUAAUGUAACCAACCACGCUUUGUUAAGAAAAAACGGAAAUGGCCAAUCAUGGCACAGGGGAUGAUUAAAUGUAGUUUAUAAACUCAAACGAUAUACUUCAUGAGGGUUUGCUAUUCUCGGUUGAAAAACGAACGCUAACUAUAUAUUGUAUAUAUAUUAAACCGUUGGUUUUCCCGUUUGCAUGGUUUUACAAUA